UCUCUGGGUGCUCCGACCAGGGUCACCUGACCUAGGGCAUAUUGCACGUACAUCGUUACGUCGUCGUCUGUCUGCGAAUGCCUAACCACUGAAGAUUACACUGACCCGACCUUACCUGGCUGAUUCACACAGAGGUCACACCCAGGUCACACCACCACACAGCACAGCACUGGGCGCGGCGCGGCGCCGCAUGACAUGACACCGGCUGAGCGCCUCAGCCCGCCCUCACGGGCGGGCCCGCCCACUGAGUUACGCACACGUACACACAGCACACGCAUAGCAUAUCGUACACAGACGACUGACUUGACUGACUUGUCACGAGUGACAGACACACCAGACAGACAGACAGACCCUGACAGACACAGACUCAUGAAGCCCCCUCCCUCCCCAUACACGGGCAGGCAGGCAGGCAGCCGCCUAUCUCGGUGCAUGUCUCCCCCCCCUUCCCUCUCCCAUGCCCCGCCCGGUGAGUGAGUGAAUGAAUGAAUUCAAAGUAUGUAAGGACUGACUGUACUGACGCUGUGCGGUCAGCCUAUGCGUGUGGGUCAGGCAGCACCAAGGAUGGAUGGAUGGAUGAAUGGAUGGAUGUCAAAACCGACUACCUGCAUGCUGCACGCAUGCACGACGGAGAGACGACUAGAUGUGCCUUCCUUCCUGUCAUCUUUCAUGUCACGAGUGACUGACCCACAAGCGCGCACGCACAAGCACACGCAGACAACAGCCUGUGCACACACCACACACCACACACAUGGAUGGCUGGAUGGAUGGAUCGAUGGGUAGCCGGCUGGCUGUGCUGCGUCAUGUGUGAGUAUGUGGCAGGGGCCCGUUUGUUCGUUCGUUCGUCCAUCGAGUGCUCCGAGGGCACACACACCAAACAAGCAUCCAUGCCCCCAGGAAUGAACGAAGGAAGCAACAAAGCAGACGCAACAAAAGGUUCAUCGAGAAAAACACCGACAGACAAACUGGCACACACGUGAAUCCACACACACACACACACACGCACACACACACACACCACAUGGAGGUCACGCACGCACCCCGCUGGCCGUGAACGUAUGCCCGGGGCAAAUCAGCAGGGCGCGCCGUGAGUGAAAAAACACCUCAGCCCCCAUGUGAUGACUGUCAUGUGGGCGAGGUGGGAGCGACGGUCGACGCAAUGAUUGCGGCACGGCACUGGCAGGCAGGCAGGCAGGCAGGCAGGCGGGCAACCACAACCACCCACACGCAUGGAAGUAUGCGUGAGCAUGUGUGAGCAUGUGUGUGUGUAUGUAUUGUGUAUGUUGUGCCUGACUGACGAGUGGCAGACAGACAGACAGAAGGAGAGGACGGCUGCAGGCAAGGAACCAGCCAUAAGCAGGUAGGUGUAAGCAGCCACCAGGCCAGGCAGACAAGCAUCCAUCGAUCGGAGAACAAACAAAAAGACCGACAGAUAAACAAACGGAGAGCGAUGAAUGCAAUGCGCAGAGCAUUGGACGCCCCUUUCGCCCACAACCCACCACCCACCCACCACACCACACCACACCCACACCAAUUAGAGCAGAGCACGUGAGGCCUUCUCACAAGAGAGAGAGAAGAUGCACGAGUGAGUAUCAACAGCAGAACCAAGGCAGCAAGAAUGAGUAACAAGAAUGUACACCACAGCCCAUUCCUGGGUCCACAGCGAUAGUCACCCGGCCACCCUUGGCCAAGCAGAUGGGCAUGAGAGAGAGAGAGAGAGACAGAGAGUGGCGAGGCAGCAGGAAGUGCGUACAGUCGGAGCGAAACCAUCCAUCCAUCCAUUCACACGGAGAAAAAUGACACUUACAUGAAAACACCAUCAACCAUCCAAGGACAUGUCCACCAUUGCAUGUCCCGGUCAGCAUCCCUCGGCUGAUCUGACCACCACCACUCACCCUUCCCCCCCGCGUUCCACCCCUAAGAAAACAGCGAGUCUGCGGGAUCGGCAAAAAAAAAAACCAACCCGGAGAGUAAAACCCCAGCGGCAUGCACACGCACGUGUCUGCGACAAAAGGCGCGAAAACAACGCCAUUCGAAACAUCGCCCGAUGGAAACAACCAAGCAGGCAGGCAGGCAGGUAGGACUGGUAAAUGGUCAGCAGCUGGCAUCCGCCAUUCCGUUCAUCGCAGCACAUAAACAAACCGAACCGCGAGCGAGCACCUGUGUGUAUGAUUGAUAUGAUGACAUCAAGAAACACCGGACGGACGGACGGACGGACGCAUCUAGACAGAUUACCUUACCGAUCCAACCACCACCCUACACCACCCGACCCUGACAGCCCAUCCAUCCAUCCCCCCAUCCCCCCCUCUCCCCUCUCUCCCCUGAGUGUGUGAAUGAAUCUGACUGAGAUGUCUGUAUGCCAAGCCUAUCGGCCGGGCGGCACAUACCCGUUCGUGUGCCCUGGUGGGGGCAGGGGCACCGGUGCAUCGCUCGACAGCGGCGCCCCGUUGGUUGGCGGGUGGUCAAUGUCAUCUUCGCGCCUCCGACCACCCGGCAGCCCCUCGCCCUGCUCCUGAGCGUUGGUGUCGUUGAGCUCUGCGGUCGAGUCCGACCCGCCAAACACAGGUUUCAUGUACUUGGCGUCGAAGUCAUGCCACCAGCGAUGGACGCCGCGCCGCAGUGCGCGGGGGUAGACGGGCAUGGCGACCAGCGAGCCCAGCCCCCGCAUGAUGCGCGGCACCCACUCGCCCUCACCCGUCCCGGCGGCCCGCUGCUGCUGGUCGGCGCCGUCAAGCGGAAGCGGGCCUGUCCCCACAGUUGUGUCGAAUGGGGGCGGGUAGCUGGAGCCCGACGGGUAGUCAGAUGGGAACUGCCCGCCGCCCGGAGCGGUGUAGGGCACCAGCCGGGGCAGCCCGUGCUCCGCGUCGAGAGCAGGGGGCCGCAUUUCUUCGUUUUCGAAGACAGCCUGCUGCGCCAGGGGUGUGCCUAUGGAGCGACUCCUGCUGAAGGGCCGGACGGCGUACGCGAGGGCGGGUGGGGGGGUCUGUGAGGGGCGGAGUGUGCCGUUGGUGGGCAUGGGGCCGUUGGAUGUGCGUGAGCGGAUCAUGGGUGGGGGUGUGCGGGACCGGGGUGGCGGGGUGGCGUAGUGGGCGUGGGCGACGUCGGACCAGUCGACGAUGGCCUCGCGCCGGAUGACGUCACGGGGGAUCAGGUGGGUCUGCAACCCACUCUGAGUGUGGUGUAUACAGAAGGGAAGGAAAUAGACACUAGUCGUUGCACAUCCUCGUUGCUUCUGUGUGUGUAUGUGUGUGUGUGUGUGGUUUGCUUACCGCUGCCCCGAUGGAGUCGGUGACGCCCCUCUCUAUCGACUUGCACAUCUGUUCCUCCCACAGACACGACGCUGAAAUGGCUGCAGCCACACACAAAACAUACAUGCAACCAAAGAAAGACACGUGAUGUGUGUCUUGCAGACUGACUGACCGAGGACGCCGCUGAAGACGAGCAGGUUGAGCAGGACGACGCCCAGCACAGUGGAUAUCAGGAUGAUGUCCCCCAGUGUCUUGACCUCCGGGUUCUCGGUGGUGCGGUGGACGUAGUUGACAAUCAACGCAUACGACACGACACCUAACCGAUGACAGAUGGAUGGAUGCGGCCACCACACAGACAGACGGUAGACGAUCGCAUCGAGCCCGUCUCGACUCUCUUCUCUUCUCGUGGCUCACGGACCCACCCACCUCUCAUCAUGCCUCCGAGGAUAACGAGCAGCACCUCUUUGCGCAGGACGGGCAAUCGCAUGUUGCACCGGAGCAUCAUGGACAGGCCGAAGAGCAGCGACACCACCACCGCCCGCACCAGGGGAAUGAGGCCCGUGUAGGUGAGGAUCAGCAUGGGCGAGAAGUACUUGGCGCUCGCCAGGUAGGUGCACGACGCCACACCGAAGUAGGAGAACACAAACGCCUCCGCAAUGUAGCCCUGCAGGGCACCCAACCAACAUAAUCCCACAUCUUUGUGUGUGUGUGUGUGUGUGUACUGUCAUGCGUGAGGCCUCGGUGGCAAGAAUCUGCCCUGUGGCGUCGAGAGAAUGGUACGCAUAAUGGCCCGUGACAACGCCACACCUGCACAAACACACGAGAAGUGAUGUCACUGAACUGAUGCGCUUGUGGGAGGGAGGGAGGGAGGGAGGGAGGGCGACUGACUCACCAGAAGACGGAGAGGAUAGCGGAGCAUCCGACGCACUCGGCGGUGAUGUAGCAGGUGUACAUCCAUAUGAAGAUGACGGCCACUGCCUGCACCGGCGUCUCGUUGAUCAGCUCACGCGUCUUACGGAAACACCACGACAGCGCCAAACCGAACCCAAGCCUUCAUGACAAUGACAACACACACACAGACAGACAGAGUACCGACCGACACAAUGACAAUGAAUGCCUGCAGCCCGUCCGUGUGUGUGUGUGUGUGUGGGUGGGUGUGUGGGUGGGCCCACCGCUCACCCGACGGCAGUGGAUGUGAAGAGCAGGAAGAAGACCCUCAGCAUGAGCGGCUUGAGGACCUCCCCUGUGUCGGGGUCGGCCGUCUCGUUGCCAGUGCUGUUGCGUUUGAGGUCCUCCAUCACACUCGCCAGCGACUGGCUCAUGAUGAUCGACACCACAUCGUUCAGGAUGCUCUCGCCUGCAACCCAACCAUCGCACAUGGCAUGGCACACAGCACAGGGGUCAAGUCAAUGCCUGUCUGCUUCGGCUGGGAGCAGCUGAUGUGUGUCCGUCCCGGUUACCGAAUAUGAUGGAGUGGACGCGCGGAAACUGAUCGCCCCGGACAAAGGAAAGCGACGCUGCGAGACGAGACGACAGCAAGCGCUUUGUCUUUACGUGAAUUCGAUGGCCACACUCGUCCUUGCGGCCUGCUGUGCUUACCGACGGUGUCGGUGCAGCAGAGUGUGGCACCGAUGAUCAGGAACUUCUCCAAGGACAACUCAGCUAACAGCCAACACACACACACACACACACACACAUGCUGUGUGUGCUCUGCCUGCGCCGGUCGUGUGUUCUGACUUACCGAUGACGGUGCCGUCGAACGUUCGGUAUUGUGCGAUGGAGUGGAAGACGUACGGCAUGUAGAUGAGGGCCAAGAAGGUGAGAAUCGUGCCCACAACGCCCAGCAGAGAGAUGUACCCGAAGUACCUGAACGGUUGAAGAAAUCAACACACAAGCACACACAAUCCUUCUGUCUUGAAGCCUCACUGAUUGCAACAUUCCAUUCAGCUCCCUCCCUCACCUGUAGAACAUCUUCUUCUUGCAGUUGAAUCCCGCGCCAAAAAUGAUGGGCGGCAAAAUGACGUAACUGACCAAACACCAGACCACACCAGACCCCUGUGCUGUGUUGUGCUGCGUAGGGGCUCCCUCACCCAAUCGGCCGGCCGGGCGGCUCACCUGAAGAUGUUGAAGCUGAAGGAGAUGCCUGGUGGUCGGUCUGAGAGGUAUGAGACGACGAAGCCCAGGACGAUGCCGAAUAUGACGGACAGGGCCGACUCGUGGGUGACCUUGACGGGCAUCUUCUCUAUCACGUAGCCGCCAACCACAUACAACAGCAGCAGCAGACACACUGACACACCGACCAAUCAGCGAGCCCACAUAAGCAACACACACACACACACAGGACGAUCAGUGUGCCUCGUUUGUGUGUCUUGUGUGUGUGUGUGCAGCAGCUUACGGCAGAGAUCCCAGAUGCCGAAUAUUUCAUCCUGGGCCAGAGUCCCCAGCAGGACGCCGCCAGACAUCGUGAGUGACUCAAUGCGUUCGCGCGUUAGGUGCACUCACUGCACGGCCCAGCAGCCAAUUCAGCUAGAGAGCAUACCACACGGCACAAGCACCAGGGCCAGCUGAGCGUCUGAAUCCACCCAGGCACAGCCGCUGUCUGAGGCAGUCGCUGGAACAGAAGAUAUUCUUCUGCUCUAUCUUGACAGAGCAGAAACAAAGGCAGGGGACGCUCUUCACCUACACGGCAAUGUCCUCUUGUGUGCCCGAGGCGCUCUUUUUGCCGAGGAGAGCUGCGGAUCGCUGAUGCACAUCUGCGAGCUAAGGAGGAAGAGAAAACGAAACGCGCCACGGAGGUACGGAGCAGUGUGCAGUGACAAGGCUGAUGCAAUUGAAUCAGAUCAGC